AUGUCAAAAGAUCCCUUUGAGGACUCCGACUAUGUCUGUUCCUAUGGGAUGAAGUUAACGUGGGAUAUCAAUGACCCCAAGUUGCCACAGGAGCCCAAACACUUUGAUUCCUUCCAGGAGUGGCCAGAUGGCUAUUUGAGGUUUAUUUAUACCAAUGAGGAUAAAAAUGCACAGCGGCAUCUCAGUGGCUGGGCCAUGCGCAACACCAACAACCACAACUGCCAAAUCCUGAAGAAGUCCUGCCUUGGUGUGGUGGUAUGUGCCAGGAACUGCACGCUGCAAGAUGGGACCAAACUUCAGCUCCGUCCUGCUAUAUGCGAUAAAGCUCGGCAAAAGCAACAAAAAAAGCACUGCCCAAACUGCAGUUCAGCCCUUGAGUUAAUUCCUUGCCGGGGACAUAGUGGCUACCCAGUAACUAACUUCUGGAGACAUGACGGCAAAGUGAUAUUUUUUCAGGCCAAGGGAAUUCACGACCACCCUAGACCAGAGAGCAAAUCAGAGACUGAGGCGAGAAGAAGUGCCCUUAAAAAGCAAGUGCCACCUUCUCACUCAUCCCAGAAAAAAGGGCUUCUGGACUAUCAGAUAGGAACAUGUAAUGAGAAUGGUGAAUACUUUAACUAUAUUCAUCAUCUGGCAUGUGAAGGACCAGAAAAAAACAGCAUAAUUCCAGAUACCUGUUUACCACUCGCAACCCAGCCUCACCAUACAUUUCAAAACAUAGAAUCUUACAAAGUUACUUAUGAUGCAGCCAGUGUUCCUGGGGAUAUGGAACUGCCUCUCCAGAAGUACCCAAGUCCCACAGUCUAUACAUCUAAGCCAAGUUGUGGCUAUGAAUGUGCAUUUCCUGGUUAUAUUGGAUCCGGUUUGUAUCCAACAUUUCUCAAAGACCCAAUGGAUAUCCCAGUGGAUACUGAUCAUGUCAUGCUGAAUGGACUUCCAUAUUGUGUAAAUUCAGUAAGUCCCCAUGAAAAGAACAUUGAUGGGAUAUUUAAACAUCAUGGAUUGAAACCAUCCUUAGAAGAAACUAACAAUGGAGAAAAUGUUGGGCAUGGAAUGAAUCAAGCUGAUGCUGAUCACCCUCGUAAUAGUGGAGAGUAUCCUUGCAACUAUGAGACUCAUUCCCCUCUGGAGUUUCCAGCUUUGCAGACUGUUAUAACUACUAAGAUGUCCUAUGAAGCCUAUAAGUCAUCAGUGGUGAAAUGUGGUGACUAUUUUUAUGAAGUGAAAGAUCUUCUGGUAGGUCCCCUUGAGGAGGACAUUGCUAGAAAUGUCUGCCCUGAGAUAAAAGUUCAAGAAGACUGGGGAAUGGUCAAAUCAAGUUCGCGUAGUGACCAAUUUCUGACCAGUAAUAAGGCAGAACAUGUAGAGUCAAUGGUAACUUAUCAGGAUGGUUCAAACACUGAAAGGAAUUAUACUGGAUUUGAAGGACAAACAUUCAGAUUUGAGAAUACUGAAUACUAA